GUUGUCCGUCGUGAGUUCACUUUGCCACUUGGUGGUUAACGCGUCGGUCGCGCCAUGAAACGUGUCGCUGAAAAACAACUUUCCAAGGAUGAUCUGGAGGAGGAUGUCGAUGAAACGGAAGGUCAACAAGGUUUCCAGAAAGCCGAUGAAGAUACGUUAGCUACAAGAAAGAUACGCGGUCUUCCACGAAGAAGUACAGUACCUGCAAUCCCGGUGAUUGCAUCGACAGAGGGGCCUGCUGCACCAGUUCCUACCUCAAAAUUUGGGUCCUUUUCGGGAUUCGGAACACCAGGGAGCACACAUUCAUUCACCUUUACGCCACCAGAAUCCCCAGCGUCUGGGCUGGGUGUCUCUCCACCCUCGUCGCUUAAUCCCUCCCCGGCACCAGCUUUUGGGAAUAUGUCAUCGUUCAAGGCCCAGCCGUUUGUACCUCCCGUCAUCGCCCCAGCUGCAUCGAGUGCAGCAAAGACCAUCGGAUCCAUAAUUCAGAAUCCACCUUCUUUCAAAUCUGCCGAACCUUCAGGCGGUCCCAGCAGUGCCGCCCAGAAGUAUUACACAUCAUUACGCGGCCUGAACAAGUCAUUUAUAGACGCAGUAACGAAGGCCUAUGCUGAUGACCCGCUCGCAGAUUGGUCGGAAACGCAUUUUGAAACAUACAAGAAACAUCUACUCGCAUUAAAGGCAGAGUUUGACACUUCAGAGGCGACGAAACAAAAAGCAACUGCGCCAACGAUAUUUUCCUCCAGCUUUGGGAAAUCCCAACCUGCAGCGGGUUCGACGCCUGCUAGUGAGUCUACGCCGAAACCCUCUUCAUCAACAACAUCUUCCGCUACUCCCGUCACCUUCGCUCCUCUGCCAUCUUCUGCCUCCAAAUCCGACGGUUUGUCUUUUCCUUCCGGUUCGACAACCUUUCCAGCCACUUCAGGUUCGGACAACAACAAACUUCCCUUUUCAUUCUCUAAAUCGGUGCAUGCUGAUGCUACCAAUGCAUCCGGACCCUCUUUGGCCCCGUCUCCGUUCGGAAUCAAAGGCUCAUCUUCAUCUUUCACAUUUGCGCCUUCUGAUUCCAAGGACAAUGGUAUGUCCAAGAGUACAACAACAGGAGGUCCUGUGGCCUCCAACUUCUUUGCAACCCCGCCGACGUCAGCAUCUUCAAAUUUGGGGGCGCUCGGUGCAUUUGGAGGAUUUGGAAAGCCUCCUUCCGGUAGUAUUGGCAACCCAGUUGGUUUUGGCUUCGGUGACUCCAAUGUCGUUCCCUUUCGCAGUAAGUCUGAUGACAAAACCGAAGACGAUGCAGUGCGAGACAGCUCAAAGCCCGAUGGAGAAGACACUGUUGCACCUCCCAUACUAUUAGCAAACAGCCCCCAUGAUGAGGAAGGCGAAGGAGAAGAAGACGAAGAAACGACGUACUCCAUCAAAGCCAAGACUUAUUGGAUGAAUAGAGAGACUGGGAAGUGGCAAGACAUGGGCCAUGGUGUUCUCCGACUGAAGAAGCACAAGGAAAAGGGAACACGUCGCAUGCUUCAGCGGAACAGCAGCACGGGAAAAAUCAACCUGAAUUUUAACCUUUACGCAGGAUUGAAGCCGACACUGACGAACAGGGCGAUCACUUUCAUUGGUCACGAUGAGAACGGCGUUGCUCAGAGUUACUCAGUCCGAACUAAAACUGAGGACCAGUUGCAUGCAUUAAGAGGUGCUCUAGAAAGAGAGAUUUCCUUUGUAAAGGCAAAAGAUGAAUAGACUACCGUGUGUCCAUCUUUAUGACACAUUUCUCUUGUACAGCGAGUUUUUUCUUGCUUCAAAUCAUACACCAUCUUCACUGACACCCGCCGCGUCCUAGCUCUUCCCAAUCAGGUUCUCAGGUUCAGAUACUACGCGGCUCAUUUCCCGUUGAAGUGGCUCUGGGCAUUAUGCCAGAUAGAAUUGAGAACGAAGGCUUCACUAAGGAGCAUUUCAAUUUCGUGGUCGGCCCAGUCCUGCGUCGGAAGUGACUG